AUGGUAUGUCUUGAUGGUCUUUUGAGUAUUUUCCAGUUUUGUGCUAAGAGAGAGAAGGAUGCAUUGAAGAUCAAGAACUUCAACAACCUGAAAAACGCUGCUUUGAACAGGCAAUUCAACGAGACAUACGACCAGACCACAUUGGAUCUUACCACCAAGAUACUGGACAUCAGUCCAGAGUUCUUCACCAUCUGGAAUCUGAGAAGGGACGUUUUUGUUAAUUUUGUUUUCAAGGGCAGGUCAGAUCAAGAGAUUCAUAAGGUCAUCACAGAAGAGCUAAGGUUUGUCUUAGCCACAAUGAAACGGUUUCCCAAGUGUUACUGGGUUUGGAACCACCGGAUAUGGCUUUUAAAGUACAACCCAGCUCUGACCGACUGGGACUUCGAGCUCGGUCUCAUUGAGAUGUUCUUUGCGGCAGAUCCAAGAAACUUCCAUGCAUGGCAGUACAGGAGGAUAGUUCUGGAAGGAAAGAUGGAUCUCAUAAGGAACGAGGAAGAACAGCCGGCCAAAGCUAUAGCCAAGCUUAACUAUCGAGAAUUCCAGUAUACCACCAAAAUGAUCAACAAGAACAUCUCCAACUACUCUGCGUGGCACAACAGGUCCAAAUUGAUUGAAAAACUGUCCGAGUCGCAUCCUGAGGAGGCUCAGGAAUUUUCAUCGAAGUAUGAAAUCUUGGUCUCGGAGAUCAAGCUGGUGCAAACAGCAGCGUUUACGGAUCCAGCAGACUCUUCAGUAUGGACCUACAUGAGAUGGCUUUAUACUGGGGGAUUUUUCACGACUGAUAUCGAGGCUGAGAGUUUUAUCAGGCUUUUGGAAGAGCAGGUAGCGGGGGUCAAAGAACUUGCUGAAAUAGAGAAGGAUGAAAAUGGAGAGGAGAAUCUCUGGUGUUUGAAAACCCUUUCAUUACUGUUGAAGGAAUUGUUUUUGAGAACUAAAGAGGACUAUUUGCGCGAAGAAAUCAACGAUCUGACGAAAAGACUAAUAGAACUGGAUCCGAUGAGGGCUGAACGGUACAAGGACUUUCAAAGAAACAUAUAG